CCUCUUUCUUCGUUCUUCCUCUCCACUGCGCGCGGCCAGGUCUCUCACGGGUCCUUCGCGCUGACGACCGCCUUCGCUCCUCCGUCUCCAUCUCAGGCGCCGCCGGAAAGUGGAACCCUUUUCUUAGGUGAUCCUUCCUAGCUCCCCAAUUUCUUCUCUCUUCGUUUGUUACUGUGUGUUUGCAAUAUGAGAAAAUAUUAGUUGGCUUGGAUGCGAAGUAAAGGGCCAACCUCAAAUCUCCUAAUCGGAUUCACCAGCUUCAAUCUCAAAUCAUCACAAAAUGACUUCAGCAAUAAUGGCAGGAUUUGCAGUUGCGGCUGCAGCAUAUGCUGGUAGAUACAGCAUUCUGGCUUGGCAGGCCUUCAAAGCAAGACCACCCUCUGCUAAACUACGCAAAUUUUAUGAAGGUGGUUUUCAACCCGUUAUGAACCGAAGAGAGGCGGCUCUAAUACUUGGAGUCAGGGAAAGAACCCCAGCAGAAAAGGUUAGGGAAGCACAUAGAAGGGUGAUGGUUGCAAACCAUCCAGAUGCAGGCGGUAGCCAUUACCUUGCGUCGAAAAUCAAUGAAGCCAAAGAUAUCUUACUCGGAAAAACCAAGGGUGGUGGUUCUGCUUUUUGAUGUAAUUUUCUUCAUCUUACUUGGACCUAUGAAUUAUGAGAGAAUAAUUUUUAGCUGGGUGAUAUAUAUAAAAAUCGAUGCUUAAUAGACACACAGAACGGAUAGUGCUUAUUGCCAAUUUACAUCUACAACUACAAGCACUGUAUGAUAAUGUAUCUAAGAAUAAAUAAGCUUGAAAAGGGAACACAAAAUUGGUAGCAUUUCUUUUGGUUGC